AGAGAAGCGCAGAAAGAGCAAAGAGCAGAUAUAAAAAUAUUGAAAAAGUGUGAUUUUAGAAUGUGAUUUUAUGUCUAAAAGUGCCGUUUUUUGAGUGAAACUUUACGAUUGACGUGUUGAUGCAAUAGGAAAUUUACGUUUUUUGUCAAAAUAAAACCAAAAACGGACCGGAAGUGCCUGCAAAAUGUGAUUAUUCGUCGACUAUUUUGAAACGGAUUGCGGAGAGCAGCAGCAAAAUCAGCAGACAAAACACUACCACACCGACAGCGGUGGGUACUUUACUGCCUGCUGCGAUGACGGCGUGUCCCGUUUGCCGUGUAUUUAGAAGCGAACUGCGCUGGUGUGCAAUCACUAGCAUGACCCAUACAGAAUACUUAGAAAAGUUUUACUCCACUUAUAGCUGUAAAUGCGCGACAUAUUAGUGUAUAUCUUUGCCUGGCCGCUCGUUGUAAUGAAAUGUGUUUAUAUAAGUACAGAGACAUAAAAAUAAAUCCAAUGAAAAUGAAAAUAAUUCUUAAGUGAGGAGACAUUUUCAACAUGAAUUAUAAUCAAGAAAUUCCUUCGAUUCGCUCGGUAAAAGUGAGACGACGCUCGUGCGAGGAAAAUAAAACAAGCAAUUAAUUUUCGUGACCUGGGAGGAAAAACUGACAGCCGAAGCCCGAUCGAGGGGCAAAUAAGUAUCGGGCAAGCGUGAAGAAAUUAGUGUAAAUAUCAGCGGAGAGAUUAAAAAUAAAAUGCUCAGAUUAAUUACCAUCGUUGGCAUUUGGAUGCUGAUUCCGAUGACUGUACGGGCGAUCGAUGUCCAAUUGACGGAUUUGGUUCACGACGUCGGUAGCGAGGCCGCCAGCGGUAACUGUCCGCGCCAGUGCUCUUGCCUCGGAAAUGUCAUAGACUGUUCGGAGAAAAGCUUGAAAGUGCUUUUCCACAUUCCUGCCUGGGUGGAAAAUCUUGAGUUAUCGUCGAAUCGGCUCGGCUAUGAGGCGGUGCAAUCCCAGGUGGCCAACCUUAACAAACUACAGGUUCUUAAUUUAAACCACAACAACCUUGGGCGGAUACCGACGUUCCGUGGGUUGGGCAAUUUGUUUCGACUGCUUCUGGCCAACAACGGAAUCGAGGUGAUAGAGGUGGAAGCGCUGCAGGCGGUGGCUUCCCUGAAGUUCCUGGAUCUUUCACGAAACAGUAUCAAAGAUGUACAGUACGGGUCGUUUCCGGCCAAAACCAGUCUUCAAUAUUUGAACUUAAACUUCAACAAGUUGACCUCGUUGACCAAGGGUACCUUCCAGAGAUUGCCGCUGCUGAAGAGAUUGGAAAUCAACAGCAAUCUAAUCGGGGAAGUACAAAGUCUCACCUUUCAGAAUCUAAACCAGCUCAAAAGUCUAAAGAUGAACAAUAAUCAGAUAGUCAAUCUAAUGGAUGGGGUUUUUCAUGGUUUAACAACGAUCACCACACUGGAGUUGAAUAACAACAGCAUAACUACGAUUCGAAAGGGUGGUUUGUUCAAUUUGACGAGUUUGACGAAUCUGGCCCUUUCGAGAAAUGCAAUUGCUGAGAUCGAACAGGACGGGUGGGAGUUUGCCCCGCGUUUACUAACGCUGGAUCUGUCCUACAAUCGGCUGGAGUCGAUUAGCAGGUACACCUUCGAGGAACUAUCGCAGCUGAAAACGCUCAACCUGGAAGGCAAUCAGAUUUCGUCGAUUGGUGAGGGCACGUUUAACAAUACAAAAAAUCUUGAGCUGCUGCACCUUGGAGCGAAUAAAAUUUCCUGGACCAUCGAAGACAUGAAGGGACCAUUCUUCGGUCUGUCGAAGCUGGAAAAGCUUUAUCUGAAUUCGAAUGAAAUCAAAUCGGUUAGCCGAAACGCCUUCAUCGGACUGAAAUCGUUGAUGCUAUUGGAGUUGAGUCAGAACAACAUUUCAUCGAUUCAGAACAAUGCCUUCAAGGAUACGGUUAGGUUGAGUAAUUUAAUAAUGAACUCUACCAAUCUGCUGUGUGACUGUAAUCUAGCCUGGUUCUACCAGUGGAUCAAGGAACGCAAGGACGUAUUUCAGCUUGACGCCGAAUGCAGCUAUCCUAUCUGGUUGCGAGGUCAUUUGAUUCGUGAUUUGUCAGCUACCAAUUUUUCCUGUUAUGAUUCUCCGAAGCCACAUCUUAUCGAGGAACCCAAAUCGCAGCUGGGCAUUCGUGGCACGAACUUAUCACUGAUCUGUACAGCCACCUCCACCGCAUCGGACAGUAUGUCCUUCAAGUGGAAGCACGACAAUCAGGAGCUAUCGGAUAGUUUUUUCACGGUGCAUCAGCUGAAUAACGAAAAUGGUACGAUAGGCACAACGGAGCUUACGAUACCGUACAUCCAAACCAGCGGAGCUGGAAAGUACCAAUGCAUCAUCACGAACAACUAUGGGGUUGUGUACUCGCAAAAGAUCAAAGUUACGGUUGGCACGUACCCCAGUUUCAAGAAAACACCCGGUGACAUUAGCGUACAAUCCGGUAAUAACGCCCGGUUAGAUUGUGCCGCGACGGGAGAUCCUAAACCGCAGAUUUCCUGGGAAAAGGACGGUGGCAAUGAUUUUCCUGCGGCAAAGGAGCGGCGAAUGCGUGUGCUUCCGGAUGAGGACGCAUUCUUUAUCAUUAAUGCACAGCUCGUUGACAUGGGCAAGUACCGCUGUACGGCGGAAAAUGCUGCCGGGGUAAUUCGUGCCAGCGCACAGGUGACCGUUUUUGAGUCACCAACCUUGAUAAAGUCGCUGGAAGCAAAAAGUACAGAAAUUGGAAAGUCUAGCGUUCUGGAGUGCUUGGUAUCGGGUUAUCCGAAACCGUCGAUUCAAUGGUUUAAGGACGGAGAACCGAUUCCGGUGACGGAGAGACACUUUUUCACGGCAGAAGGGCAGCUUUUGAUAAUAGUUGAAACUGAUUACGGCGAUGCUGGAGAGUAUGAAUGUAGGAUUGAAAACACUUUCGGUACUGAGAAAGGAAUGAUGAAGUUGUCGGUUCUUGAAGGUCCGGAGGUGAAUCCGGAAAUUUAUGCUAACUUGCCCAGUGACCCCGUUGUUGUGGGACACGUUCUGAAUGAUAAGGACAUUGUACUGAUCAUAAUAGUUACAAUAGUGUGUUGUGCUCUAGUGACAUCGUUCGUUUGGUUGGCAAUUAUGUAUCGAGUCAAGAAACAGUCCAUCACUCAACUGUCUAAUUUCAAUGAAACGGACGGUGGCGACAUUGAUAUGAAUUCCAACAUGGAAGUAAACCAACAAAAUCUCAUUGUUCGAAGCGGAGUUGGAGUAUCCACCACACCGAAUGGCUACUUCGAGUAUCUAAUCCCGAUGGUACAGAACGAAGCUACCACCAACGUGGACGACGAUGACCAAACACAGCUAACCAAUCGUUGCUACUAUUCGGUAGUUCCGAAAGUUCCACCGAAAGUCCGUCGUCAUGAAGCCGAGUCGGACGACAUGGACGAUGAUCUAUCUUCCAAAGAUUCUGGCACCGGAGGAGAUUGUGGAUCGGCAACCGGUUCCACCAAUGCUCACCGUAACAGUCACGAUGAUCUCAAAUGUCUCUUUCAAUCGCUAAAUCGAAAAACAGCUGAACUGGGAAUGUCCUAUCCGUACGACGAAAGCGAUCCGGACUCGGAUCCAAGGAUAGAACCACCGCCACCGAUUCCACCGGUGAACGCAACUACCGCUAUUUUGGUCAAAACUGAUCCGGACAAGAUCGUUUUCAGUGACGAUCUGCCGCCACCGGUGAUCUCCAGGAUGGCAACGUCGCAAACGUUCCCAACGUUUGUGCAUCCUUCGACGAACCCGUCGUCGUCGAUGGUAGCAUCAUCGAUGGAGGCGGCCGUCAGCAGCACGCAGCAGCAGCCGCAACCCCAGCAGCCCCCUAGUCAGGUGCAGAUCAACAAGCUGUACCAGCUGUUGAUCGAAAAUCCGCGCUUGCUGGAAAAGCCAGCCAAGUACCGAAGUCGAUCGAUGGAGGAGGAUGUUCUACAGCAGCUUGCCGGCGGCGGGACGGAAGCACCGAGCAGUGGAAUCGGUUCCGACAGCAGUAGUACACUGAACAAAGAAGCAGGUUUGAGUAGUAGGGCAGCACCCGGUGACCGGCAGGCGGAAGGCGAUUUACGGGCAGCUGUAAGGUAAAGGGCGGGCAGGCCGCUUGUGUGCCGUUCCAGGGCAGGGCUGUGGACGUUCGCUUAGUGUUUUCGCGGGGGGUAAAAGCACAGUCAUGAUGAUCUCAAAUUUCACCGUUUUAUCAGGUUGAUUGGGAAGAUUGCUGAAAUGGCAUUUUAUUAUGCUUUAAUCUUUAUUCACCUAACGUGGAUUAUUCUGGUUCUGGGUACCGAGAAAUGCGAGACUUUACGUUUCACCAACAGAGCUCAUAACCCUUAGAUACAUAGCGACGCUGGUGGGCCCAUUGUAUUGAAGGUGAAUUUUCUUGUACAAAAGGUACUCUGUAUCUUUCGUCUUACGAGUCUCAUAACACCUUAGCUUAGGAGUUUGGGCAUUUAAAAUCUUUACGUAAUAGUCAUGGAUAAACAUUCUCCUUUUAGAAGAUUUGUACUCUCUGUUCUGCUACUACAGAGAUCCGCCAUUUGCAGACGGAGAGUCAAUAUUCAGCAUUUGAAUGAGUGCCUCUUUCUCUGUCCACAUACAACCAUAAUUUCCACUGAUUACCUAAUUUCCACUAAGGCACGUAUCCCGGCUGGUACCACGAAAAGAUAGGAAUAAAAGUUUCUGUAUUAUGGGCCUUUUAAACAGAGCCGAAUAAAACUUGUUUCCGCUUCCUGGCUCUAGGAGCGAGAUUGACAUUGAAGUUCUAAAGAAGCCUGGGCGUUAUCUUAAAAGUCAAUAUCUAAGGAAAGCCUUGGUGCUACAUUCCUCAUUCAGAACUUGAUCUUUUGUUUUUCAUGGGACAGAAUUGGCAGCCAGCUGAUAGAAUACAGGACAAUUGCGGGCCUAGUGCAACAAUCCUGCGGAGAUUGUUUGCCCAGCCGAGAUUCGAACAUACGACGACUGGCUUGUUAGACCAACCAACAUUGGUUGGUUAGACAACCAACAUUGUGGCUCGAACUGGGCGGUAAUUCAUCAUAUAAAAGUGGUUAAUAAUUGUGUGCAUGAAUCAUUCUUACGGAUGACUUCAAUCACACGCGAUUUCAUGAAAAAAAGUGAUUCAAGCGUUUCUUGCGAGAUUUCCUCUCGGUAUUCACGAAUUCGGCUUUAACUGCUUGCCGUUUUCGUAAACACGACAUGCAAGAAUGAAUCAAAGGUCCUCGAUCGGAUUCAGAGCGGGAGAACAAAUUGGUCACUCGAGAACUUCGAUUUCCUUAUCAGCAAAUCUCUGUUUUGCCAGUUUUGAGUUGUGGAUUACAGUAUUAUCUUGCUGGAAAACAAAGUCUGGUCCCUUCAAUGCCUCGCCGUAUUCAACCAAACUUGUAUCCAGCAUUUCCGCGUAGUUCUCCGACUACAUUUUCGUUGUAAUCCAUGCCAAGGAAAAUUCGAAAGAAAAAGCGCCCGCAGCACAUAACUGCAUCACCAUCACCACCAAAGUUCCUGCUCAUCGUAAUUUCCGGAUCACUUUUUUUCCAAAAAAUAACAUUCUUCCAUUCAUCGGUUCAA